GUUUUCUUUCUGCAGUUUGCUUUUUCUGUUACUCGCUGUCCUUCUUUUUUAUCUUUGUUUUCUACUGGUUUCCAUGUCUUCACUCGGUGAUUCUAGAGGAUAUGGGUGGUCCCAAGAAAGUGAAUCUGGGCAUGAAUCGUUGUCUCCGGAUAAUGCAAAUACUGGACCCCCUUCCUUACUUUAUUAGUUUGCUAUGCAAGGUCCUGCGAUUAGGCUGGAUCAACUUCCUGGUGCAGAUGCGGAAGAUUUCUGGCAUAAAUGUUUGAUCGGCUAUCUUAUUGAUGUCAAAGUACUUAACAUUGAGAAAAUUCAUGCUGCUUUAGGACAUGCAUGGCAUUUAAAAGGUCAGUUUCAGGUGCAACAUCAAGGUCAAUGGAAAGGACUUUCUUUGAGUAGGGGUUCAGUGCCUAUUUCUCACUUAUUAUUUGCUGAUGAUACUCUACUUGUGAUCAGAGCAGAUGAACAGUCUUUUGCACUUGUUAAUCAGGUGCUCGAUAAAUAUAGUUAUCUAGCUGGACAAAAGAUUAAUAAAACGAAAUCAUUGAUGGUGUUUAGCCCAAAUGUUCCUCAUGAUUCUAAAAUAAAGUUAUCUAAAUUUUUAGGUAUUAAUUUUACAAAUCAUUUAGGAAAAUAUUUGGGCACUUAUGUGGAUUUGGGUUGACAAAGAUCAAUUUUAUUCAAUGAAAUCUUGGACAAAAUUCACUCUCAAAGUUACAGCAAUGGAAGGCAUCUUUGUUAUCUCAAGCAGGGCGCUUAACAUUGAUUAAAUCAGUAAUGUCUUCCGUAUUGGUUUACCCUCUUUCUUUUCACAAAUUGCCUGCAAAUAUUGCACACCAAAUUGAUAUGAGGAUUGCGGAUUUUUUCUGGGGCUUUAAUGUUGAUAGAAAAAGGAUGCAUUUGUUGAGUUGGGAUAAAAUCUACCUACCUAAAUGUUUUGGAGGGCUAGGUGUGAGAAGAACUUUUGAUUUCAAUGCUGUGUUAUUGGCAAAAAAUGUUUGGCGUAUGCUUACUGCUCCAAAGAAUUCUUUAAUUGGCUUAGUUUUACGGCAGAAAUAUUUGGUACAUGGUAAGGAUGGUAUAUUAGCCACCAGAAGUUUGCAGUCU